CAAGUCUUUUGAAUCUUAAAAGUAUCAGAACUCAAAUAUUUCUUUCUCAUUGACAUAAAUCAGUAUUUUUUGUGUAGAACCAUAAAAUAAAACAAUGGGUUUCCGUAUAGCAAGUAUUAUCAAAAGGGCAUCAUUUUCCAACACUCAAGCAUCUACCAAGGGAUUUGAAGUCCCGAAAGGCUAUCUCGCAGUGUAUGUUGGAGAUAAAAUGAGGCGAUUUGUGAUUCCAGUAUCAUACUUGAACCAACCAUCAUUUCAAGAAUUACUACAUCAAGCUGAACAAGAAUUUGGAUAUGAUCAUCCAAUGGGAGGACUCACAAUUCCGUGCGAUGAGGAUGAAUUCCUAAACCUCACUUCUCGCUUGAGUCAAUUGUAGAUCGUGUUAACGAAGAUUGAGAUAGAUUAGUUGAGGCUUAUUUGUACAGAAAGAACUUUUUUUCUAUUAGUAAGAUUUUUCAUUUUUGUUCCAUGUAUCAGCCAUUCCUACGGAAACAGAAAAUGUUUCCUGAAUGAGAAUGUUAUUAUGACAA